AUGGUCACCAAUGAUGUUGUUGAAUUAUUAGUAGAGAAGAAUGUUAUGAUUAAUGCACAAAAUAAGCAUGGCAUAACAGCCAUUUUUAACGCUAGCCAUAAUGGCCACUCAGCUGUUGUUUUUACCUUACUUACCAAUGGGGGAGCGAGCCUACCUGAUAAAGAUGGCUGGACACCUCUUAUGGUAGCUAGUCAAAAUGGUCAUGGUAAUAUUGUUGAGUUAUUACUAAAGAAGAAUGUUAUGAUUAGCACAAAUAAGAAUGGAAUUACAGCCAUUUGUAUUGCUAGCCAUAAUGGUAACUCAGCUGUUGUUUCUACCUUAAUUACCAAUGGGGCAGACUUGAGCCUACCUGAUAAAGAUGGCUGGAUACCUCUUAUGGUGGCCAGUCAAAAUGGUCAUAAUGAUGUUGUUGAGUUAUUAUUAGAGAAGAAUGGAGAGAGGGAGACCCUUGCUCUACUUGUUUGUCAAAGUGGUUAUUUUUUUACUACAUCAAACUUACUUGACAAUGGAGCAGACCCUAACCUACCCAUGAAAGAUGGCUCAACACCUCUUAUGGUAGCCUGUGAAAAUGGUCAUGGUGAUGUUGUUGAGUUAUUACUAGAGAAGAAUGUUUUGAUUAAUGCACAAAACAAACAUGGAAUAACAGCCAUUUAUAUUGCUAGCUGUAAAGGUCAUUCCUCUGUCGUCUUCACCUUAUUUACCAAUGAAGCAGACCCUAAUCUACCGGAUGAAGAUGGCUCAACACCUCUUAUAGUAGCCAGUCAAAAUGGUCAUGGUGAUGUUGUUGAGUUAUUACUAAAGAAGAAUAUAACAGCCAUUCAUAUUGCUAGCCAUGAAGGUCAUUCCUCUGUCGUCUCUACCUUACUUACCAAUGGAGCAGACCCUAACUUACCCAAGAUAGAUGGCUGGACACCUCUUAUGGUAGCCAGUAGAAAUAGUCACAAAGAUGUUAUUGAGUUAUUACUAGAGAAGAAUGUGAUUAAUGCACAAAACAAACAUGGAAUAACAGCCAUUUAUAUUGCUACCCAGAAUGGUCAGUUCUCUGUUGUCUUUAUCUUACUUACCAAUGGAGCAGACCCUAACCUACCUGAUGAAGAUGGCUCAACACCUCUUAUGGUAGCCAGUCAAAAUGGUCAUGGUCAUAUUGUUGAGUUAUUACUAGAGGAAGAUGUUUUGAUUAAUGCACAAAACAAACAUGGAAUAACAGCCAUUCAUAUUGCUAGCCAUGAAGGUCAUUCCUCUGUCGUCUCUACCUUACUUACCAAUGGAGCAGACCCUAACUCCAAGAUAGAUGGCUGGACACCUCUUAUGGUAGCCAGUAGAAAUAGUCACAAAGAUGUUAUUGAGUUAUUACUAGAGAAGAAUGCUUUGAUUAAUGCACAAAACAAACAUGGAAUAACAGCCAUUUAUAUUGCUACCCAGAAUGCCAUUUAUAUUGCUAGCUGUAAAGGUCAUUCCUCUGUCAUCUCUACCUUACUUACCAAUGGAGCAGACCCUAACCUACCGGAUGAAGAUGGCUCAACACCUCUUAUGGUAGCCAGUCAAAAUGGUCAUGGUAAUGUUGUUGAGUUAUUACUAGAGACGAAUGUUUUGAUUAAUGCACAAAACAAACAUGGAAUAACAGCCAUUCAUAUUGCUAGCCAUAAAGAGAAGAAUGCUUUGAUUAAUGCACAAAACAAACAUGGAAUAACAGCCAUUUAUAUUGCUACCCAGAAUGGUCAGUUCUCUGUUGUCUUUAUCUUACUUACCAAUGGAGCAGACCCUAACCUACCUGAUGAAGAUGGCUCAACACCUCUUAUGGUAGCCAGUCAAAAUGGUCAUGGUCAUAUUGUUGAGUUAUUACUAGAGAAGAAUGUUUUGAUUAAUGCACAAAACAAACAUGGAAUAACAGCCAUUUAUAUUGCUAGCCACGAAGGUCAUUCCUCUGUCGUCUCUACCUUACUUACCAAUGGAGCAGACCCUAAACUACCUGAUGAAGAUGGCUCAACACCUCUUAUGGUAGCCAGUAAAAAUGGUCAUGAGAAGAAUGCUUUGAUUAAUGCACAAAACAAACAUGGAAUAACAGCCAUUUAUAUUGCUACCCAGAAUGGUCAGUCAUCUGUUGUUUAUCUACUUACCAAUGGAGCAGACCCUAACCUACCUGAUGAAGAUGGUUCAACACCUCUUAUGAUCCUCAAGAGGCAGGCCGUGGAAGAAUCUCUGGAUGCCUAUGAAACAAAUUCUACAAUAACUAGACUUGUCUUUACUGGUGAUAAGAAGUUUGCAGCUGCAGAUGUGAACGGCAGUAUUGGAGGUAGUAAAAAAUUAGACAAGGCAGAGAUUCUUGAGAUGACUAUUGAUUACAUUCACAGGCUGCAACAAAACCAAACCAAUGGAAGAAGUGAUUCUCCCCUACUUUUGGACAGUGGUGCAGAGGGUGGAGUUCAAGAAGAGGUGGAGCUAUUAGAACAAGAACACCAGUGA